GUUUAUAGUGAAUAUUUGGCGCUGUUAGUGUGUAAUGACAGUAGUCGAGCCUGGCGUUGUGAUCAAUCUGGUGGCGAGUUCCAGGAAGGCAACUGGAAUUCAGACUCCGCCCAGAUCGUGAACACCAAGCGUGUCCACACGCGACUUCAUCAAGAAGCAGGAGGAGCCUUCAUUACAAAUGACAACAAUUCAACCGCCGUGAACUCGGAAAAUCGAAUUGAGAAAGUUUCUAAUGUCGUUACAUAUUAUCGUUACCAAGGUCGCGAGUUUUCGGAAGCCCCUGCUGGACUUACUAAGCAGCCUCCAGCACCUUCGACCCUCGCCGUGAACUCGGCGACAUGCUCGAUAAUGCUUGUCUCACAAUCUAUCAUGAGCUCAUUAUCCGGAAAAGUCGCCAUUGUCACAGGAGCUGCUCGAGGAAUCGGAGCAAGUAUCGCCAUCAGUCUCGCUAAAGAGGGAGCAAAUGUAGUUGUCAACUACGUGUCUCCAUCUUCCAAACCACUGGCGGAGAAAGUCGCUCAAGAAGCCCAGAGUUAUGGUCCCAAAGCGCUUGUCGUUCAAGCUAACGUUGGCUCUUUGAGUGACAUUGACAAACUGGUCAAACAAACGGUCUCCCAGUUUGGCAGGAUAGACAUUCUUGUGAACAACGGAGGUGUGGUGGACUUUGCCAAUAUUGGCGACAUCACGCCCGAAUCAUUCACUCGUAUUCUGUCGUCCCUCAUAUGGGAGAAGGCGGUCGCAUCAUCAACGUAUCGAGCGUUGCAGCUCGUCAAGGCUGCUGUAGAGAGUAUCACUCGAGUAAUGGGAACUGAACUGAGGGAUAAAGGAAUCCGAGUGAACGCGAUUAAUCCAGGACCCGUUGUGACAGACAUGUUCACUUCUCUUCCUGACGAGCUUCAAGAUCACUUCAGAGCGACCCAUCCCGUUGCUCAGCCAGCGGAUAUCGCAGACGCGGUUCUGUUUCUUGCUGGACCCAACAGUCGAUGGAUCAAUGGUGGAACCUUGAACACUAAUAACGCUGCUAUCUUUAACUAA